GCAAACAACAAACAGCAGUCGCUAACUUUGUACUUCAGAUAUAUAUGCACUCACCGCCGAGCGGGAGUCCGCUCUAUCAAUCACCCAAAAUGCGCCGAGGCCUUUUGCUGUUGCUGCUUUGUCAGCUGUCUUCAUACACUUUGGUGACACCCGGGAAAGUUUGCAGCCGUCCUCUUGUGGGGCCCAGCAUUGAGCAUAGUGACUUCCAACGUGUUUAUGAAGUGGGUCAGGAAGUCUUCCUCCGCUGUAUAGACGGGUAUACAGCGAUAUCAGGGCAACGCAAAAUAGUGUGCAGCGCCAAUGGGAGGUGGAGUUCAUUGACGUUCACGUGCGAGCCAAAACGGUGCUCCAACCCUGGUCCUUUGCUAAAUGGCAAGAUUCACAUUGAUGACAACUUGUUCCAGAGCAUCAUCAACUACACCUGCAAUGAAGGAUACAUCCUCCAUGGAGCCAACACCAGUGAAUGCUUACACGAUGGUACCUGGAGCAAUCAACUGCCAGAGUGUGAACCGGUAGUUUGUGGCCUGCCUAAAACCCCCAAAUAUGCUAGGUUAAGCUAUUCCAGGGUGGUGGGCAAUACGACUUUGUUUGGAGACAGUGUGACGUAUGAAUGCUUCCCGCCAUUUGUCCUUUUCGGCAAUGAGGUCGGGUUCUGCAAGCCCGAUGGGAGCUGGACCGAGCCUCCAGAAUGUCGGCUCGUGACAUGUCCACCCCCGACAGCUAUACCAAACGGAUUCCUUGUAUUAGCUGUAAUUCGGGAACAUGGCUACACAGAGGAAGUCACAUAUGGAUGCUCCCCAAACUAUGUUCUGGAUGGUCCCAGGGAGGUUGAGUGUCAGAAAACAGGAAAUUGGUCAAGCAAGCCUGUGUGUCGAGCUCCCUGUACCGUUGGAAUUAAGAGAGGGCGGAUCUUGUACCACAACCGAAAAAUAUGGAUUGAGAACCUAAAGCCCAAUAGAGUCCUGCACUCCGAGCGUUUGUCUGUCUAUUGCAAAAACAAGGAAAAGGACUGUGGAUAUCCUGUGGUCACCCAGUGCAUCGAUGGAGAACUGACGAUCCCUGCGUGCUAUGACGAACCAUCUGCAGCUCGAUAUAAAGUGUAUGCCAGCUCACUUCCAUCAGAGAUAGAAAUGUGCUGAUCGAUUUCACCAAAUGAAGCAUCAAUUGAAGGAUAUCAAUGUUGCUCUAACAUCAGUUUAAAAAAUGGAUUCAAUUGCUUAUUCUAUUGAGCAAAUGUAAUUGAUCAAUUGAUUCUCAGUUACUGAAUGUAAUAUUUACAACAUACUUUGAUUAGUAUUGUAGGACUUCCAUUGUAUUUUUAAAAGUAUUGAUUGUACACAUUGCCUCAAUUUGAUGUCAAAUAAAAUAUGUUUUUUGGUGUGACUAUCA